AUGGAUUUGAAAAUUCUUGCUGAAGCAGCACUUCAGCAACAGAAGAAAAUCACUCGAAUUGAUCCAAAAACAUAUGAAGCUCAAUUGGAUAUUCUUCAUGAUUUGUAUCAAAGCAAUGAAACAGAACAAAUUGAAAAACGAAUUCAAGAAAUUGAUAAAGAAAUAGCCGAUUGCCAAAUGAAAAUUACUAGAUACCAAAAUUCUUUCCUUGAAUUAUUACAAAAUACAACACCAGAAUCAAUUGCUGAAGAAAACAAAGAAAUUGCAAGUGAUACUCUCAAAUUUGCAUUUAAUGAAGUUAACAAUCAGAUAAAUAGUCUAUGCCAAAUGUCGGUAGAUAGCGAAGUACUCGAUGUACCAAUUACAGCAGUUUAUGAUAUCGAAAAUCAAAUUAUCCAAAUAAUUGAGCAAUUCAAAGAAGAAGGAUCUUUCAGAGAAUCCGAAGGACAACUUGAAAAAUGGAGAAAUAGGCUUGAGGAACAUAACCAAAAAGUAUUAGGAUUUUUAUCAAGUAGCUUCCACCAAAAUGAUUCUUCAGAUUCUUCAGAUGACAACUUUUAA